GGCGCUUCUGGAGCUUUCUUUUGCAUUCUCUCUCGAACCUUCUCAUUUCCAUUCGUUCCUUCCAUCAGAGGGAUAAUCACAGCCAAUAUGCAAAGUGAAAAGCAAGGCAGACGAGGCUUCUCUCGCUCAGAUGAGCUGUUAAAUAGUUUCCCGGGGUUUGGAUCCCGUAGGAGCAUGUUGCCUAGCCUGUUUAGUGGAAGGGAUCCAUUUGAUGAUCCUUUCUUCAGUCGGCCGCUUGGAGACAUGUUCGGGUCUAGCAUGUUCGGUCCAAGUGCUGCUUCUAGUGGUGCACCACAGAGUGGUAGCGGUGGGGGAAUCAUAGUAGAAGAAUUAAACUCUGAUGAUGAGGGAGAGGAAGAUGAGGGUACUGUAGAUGGGAGGGAUAAGAGGAAAGAACGAGCCGUUUCAAGCAAUGAGCCAUCUGUUGAGCAUCCGGAUGAUGAUGAUGAUGAUGAUGUGGAUGCAGAAGAGAAAGUCAAGAACAUGAGUAAAAGAAGUGAUUUCAACAAGGUACAAGGCACACAGCCCCAAGGUCGUAGUGUCUCUGUUCAGAGUUGCAGAGUUACAUAUGGUGGUAUAGAUGGUGCAUAUUACACUUCUACAAGAAACAGAAGGGCAGGCAAUGAUGGGGUGAUGAUUGAGGAGACCAAAGAAGCAGAUAAGACCACUGGUCAAGCAACACAUAAGAUAUCUAGAGGAAUUCAUGAUAAGGGUCAUUCUGUCACAAGGAAGCUUAAUGCAGAUGGAAAGGUGGAUAUGUUGCAAACUCUACACAAUUUGAAUGAAGAUGAGCUUGCUGGUUUUGAAGAAGCUUGGGAUGGUAAUGUUAAACUUGAUGUACCUGGCUGGAAAGAAUUUGGUAACCAAGGUGAACCGAAGGGCAAUGCACCUUGGAACACUUGGCUCCUUCCAUCUUCAGAGCAACCACAAAGCUCCAGAGGGGUAUCCGGGGCUACCUCUGAUGGGAGAACCAAAAAGGUUGUUAGAAUAAAUAUAGAGUAAAUGGGCGCAGAGUAUCUAGGCAGACCAAGAGAUGAGAAGGGCAUUUGCAGUUGGCUGAUGCUGCUCUAGCGAUACAAUCAUGAAUAGUUGGGUAUCUUCUUUGUAUUGUAAUUAUGGAGAGGUAAUUUGCGAUUGUAGUUGUCCAUUGUUCGUCAGACGAAUGACGAUUAGCAGUGUUUACAUGAAUGAAGUGUCAACUGUGUUAUGGAACCUUUACUGUGGUCUAUGGUCUUUUUUCUUUUUUCUUUUUUUCUUGAACAAGAAUUGUGGUCUAUGGUUUAAAUGAAAGUGCACAUGACUCGUCUAUAAACAGAAGGGUCUGCAUUUUUGUCUAAAUGAUAUCGAUCAGCUCAUCUGUGAUAGUUGGACUUCC